CUGCUAAAACCCUCGGACGAAUCAAACUUGCUUUCGUUUCUGAGUUCUUGUAAUAAUCUUCCCCAAAAGUAUUCAGAACAGAACCUUAAAACAUUACCUUCCCCCUGCCUGCAUCUCAACGAUGGAAUUCACUACCGCCGACAUGGAAAAGGUGUUUCUGUUCGACCACCUUCGCAAAGGAUGUGAGGCUCAGUACGCUAAGGAUCCUCUCGAUUCCGAUAAUUUGCUAAAGUGGGCUGGUUCGUUGAUUGAACUUGCUCAGUUCCAGACUGUUCCCCAGGCGAAGGUGAUGUUAAGUGAUGCUAUUUCCAAGUUGGAAGAUGUAUUGACAUUGAACCCAGGGAAGCAUGAGGCGCUUUGGUGUCUUGGCAACGCUUACACUACCCAGGCUUUUCUUUAUCCUGAUGCCGAUGUAGCCAAAGGUCACUUCGAUAAAGCCGUUGAAUAUCUCCAAAGAGCUGUAGAUGAGGAUCCAGGUAAUGAGAUAUAUCGCAAGGCCUUGGAUGUUGCAAUAAGGGGCCCGGAGAUGCUAAUGGAGCUGACACAGAGUGGGAUGAUGCAGCAGGCACUAGCUGGAGGAGGAGGAGGUCGCUCAGCUUCGUCAAAUGCUAGCGGUGGUAAGAAGAAGAAGAACAAUGACUUCACGUACGAUGUAUGUGGUUGGAUCAUUCUAGCAUGUGGGAUUGUUGCUUGGGUUGGCAUGGCAAAAGCCCUUGACCCUCCACCACCUCCUGCUAGAUAAAAAUCCGUAGUGUUUCUAAGUGAAACAGAGUAACGGUUUAUUACGGUUUUGUUUCACCGACCGGAUCAUGUACACCUAUCAAAUUGUUUUGUUUACUUAACUAUUAGGAUGGUUAUUGACU